GAACGACCAGCUUGUCGCAUUCUUGUCCAGAUACCGGAACAUGAACUUCUUGAAAUCCCAUGGAAGAGACAACGCAAGAUUUAUUAGAAAACAAGGCCUUGAUAGAUUGUUUCUGGAAUGUGAUACCCACAUGUGGAGACUCGGGGACCGGAAAAUUCCGGAAGGAAUCACUGUGGAUGGUGGUUCUGAUUGGUUUCUGCUGAACAGGAAGUUUGUCGAAUACAUCACAUUUUCAACAGACGACUUGGUGACCAAGAUGAAACGGUUCUAUUCCUUUACUCUGCUUCCUGCUGAGUCUUUCUUCCACACCGUCUUGGAAAACAGUCCUUAUUGUGACACCAUGGUGGACAAUAACCUGCGUAUCACAAACUGGAACAGAAAGCUGGGGUGCAAAUGUCAGUACAAGAAUAUUGUGGAUUGGUGUGGCUGUUCCCCCAAUGAUUUUAAGCCAUCUGAUUUUCACCGGUUCCAGCAAACAGCAAGACCAACCUUCUUUGCACGCAAGUUUGAGGCGGUUGUCAAUCAGGAAGUCAUCUCCCAGUUGGAUUAUUAUCUCUAUGGUAACUAUCCUUCUGGUACCCCGGGCCUUCGGUCAUACUGGGAGAAUGUAUACGAUGAACCAGAUGGCAUCCACAGCAUUAGUGAUGUUGCACUGACUCUCUACCACUCGUUUUCCCGUUUGGGCCUGAAGAAAGCAGAAACGUCCUUCCAUAUGGAUGGUGACAACAGUUGCCGAUAUUACCCAAUGGGGCAUCCAGUGUCAGUCCAUCUCUACUUUCUUGCUGAUCAUUUUCAGGGCUUCCUCAUCAAACAUCACACAACCAAUUUGGCUGCCAGUAAACUGGAGACCUUAGAAACAUGGGUUAUACCUAAGAAGGUGUUCAAGAUUGCAAGCCCUCCAAGUGAUUUUGGAAGGCUACAUUUCUUGGAGGUUGGCACAGACUGGGAUGCGAAAGAGAGAAUAUUCCGCAAUUUUGGAGGCCUUAUUUCACCGACGGAUGAGCCGGUGAGCAUGCAGAAGUGGGCAAAAGGUCCCAACGUCACCGUGACCGUGAUCUGGGUGGAUCCCGUUAAUGUCAUUGCUGCCACCUACGAUAUCCUGAUCGAAUCCAGUGCCGAGUUCACCCAUUACAAGCCACCUUUGAAUUUACCCCUCCGGCCCGGAGUCUGGACCAUUAAAAUCCUACAUCAUUGGGUGCCUGUGGCAGAGACCAAAUUCCUGGUCUCUCCUCUGACAUUUUUGAACAAGCAAGCCAUCCGACAAGAGGAAGCCACAAAGCUGCAUGGUGGACCUCCGAAGAACGCCUACAUGGAGCAGAGCUUUCAAGGGCUCAACCCCGUGCUAAACAUUCCAGUCAGCACUGGCCACCUGGAGCAGUUGAAGAAGAACGCCAUGUUGACGGGCACCAAGCUGGAGACCUGGGUGGACAGUUUGGUGGGAAGCGUGUGGUCAGCCGUCGACAUCUGUACUACGGGCCCAACCUCCUGUCCUCUCAUGCAGGCCUGCAGCCAGACGUCCUGGAGCUCCCUCAGUCCUGACCCAAAGUCUGAGCUGGGCCCCGUGAGACCCGAUGGACGCUUGAGGUAGCACCUGGUACCCCUUUUGCUGGCUUUAAAAAAGGCAACCUGAGCAUUUUGCUCUCGUGAUACUCUUCGGAUGGGGUUGGUACAGGGUGCAGGUGAGCUAACGGAAGAGUCUUUAAAGAAAACCUACGGAUCCAUGUUCAAGAGGGGGCUGAAAACCCCAGCCUCUUUUACUGACCAGUUUUUGUCUUCUCAAGGGUUUUGGAAGUCGGGGAACAAGCAGGAAAGGAGAAACCAAUUGUAGGAAGUCUGAAGUUUCUAAAAGCGGGGGCAGCGUCUUUUCAACUCUGAUCAGAGCUAAUUUAUUUCUCAAUCUCACACACCAAUAUGCUGUAUCCCGGCCAUAUAUAUAUAUAUAUAUAUAUAUUUUUCAGUUUCCCAAAAGUCUUAGCAAAGCAGUUUAGUCACAAUUGCUAAAAUUCCUCUCUUUUUUUUUCCAGUGGUCCACAUGUUUCAAACCGCCCUCCUUUGACAUCUCACAAAAGCAUUCACAUUGUUACUCCAGAUAGCCAAACUUAGAACGUGAUUAUAUUGUGAAUCCACAGAUGGUGCAAUAUACAGAGUGUUAAUUUCACCCUUUCGUGCCAACAGAGAUUCGGAGUUUGGUCCUCUAGAUGAGCUAAUGAUCACCCAAGACUUCUCUAGACUAAAGGGCGAUGGGGGAGGUUUCCAAGCUUGGCAACUUUAAGACUUGACUUCAAUUCAAGUCUUCUGGGAAUUCUGGGAGUUGAAGUCCACAAGUCUUAGAGUUGCCAAGUUUGGAGGCCUCUGCUCUUCCAAAUACAGCUAGCGAGGGAGUCAGCUCAAAGGAGAAAGCCGAAACUCCUGUGUUGAGUUUUUCACAUCCCCAGGUCAGACUGGAAAAUAGUUUUCCAGAAAUCCAAAAAAAUAAAUAAAUCCCUUUGCAUCAGGAUGUUUGUGUGUCUAGUGUAUCUGUUAGACUAGACACUAGACUUUUGACAUCUGAAUCUCGGCAUUGCCUUCUUUUGGUGGGAAAGGGUGUGACUUAGAAAGCAACCAAUAACUAUUCCUCCUGGUUCUAGUAAUCAUUUUAGUGAUGGAUCAAUGCUUCAAGAGCUCUGUUCGGCAUCCUCAACCAGGUUAGAUCAAGUGAUUCAAUUCAUAACGUGCUACGCUUGUGGGCUUUCAACUUGGCCAAUCGUGGCUUACUGGUGGUGGGCAUCCAGCCUGUUUGGUUAGCUUGUGGUCCCAUCUUUUGCCAACAGCUAGAAAGGGGUCGAUUCAAGAAGCAGUUGUGUGAACAUAGACAAACCAAGACUAGAUGAGACGGCAUAAGCCAGCGCAAGCUGUUUCUCCAAAGGACACAUCAUAAGCUCCACAGGCUGGAGAGAAAUAUCCCUUUGACACACACCGACACACUCAUACCCACAUAAACAGCAAUGCUUAGUUUUGCUCUGUUGUGCGGUAGGUGCCCUGUAAAGAAAGGAGAAAGCGCUUUUUAAAAAAAGUUCAGACAGGGAACUGAUAGCUGGAAAGAAAUUAGCUGCCUUCUACUCUUCCACAGCAUUCCAUUUAAUGGAGAAAAAUGGAGCAGGCACUUUUCCAGAGUUGUUUCUCCGAAACAAGACCGAGGCGCCUCCGUUUGAAUCCAGUUUUGUAUUUACUUUAUUUUUAUUUUUAACUCUUCGCAGAUUCCGAGUCCUGUUUUAGCUUUGGGAGCUGCAAGGUUUAAGUCAAGGGUGCAAAAAGCCAAAUUUUAUUCCUAAUUAAAUGACCUCAUCCUAACUUAAAUUGCACUCCGACAAUAGAGGGACAAAGGUUUUUUUGCUGAGACACACUACAUGAGCAGGGGGUUGGACUAACUGUUAUUCUGGAUCUUCAGUUCAUAUAUCCACGGAUGGAUCCUCUGGGAUCCAAUUGAUUGUUUUUAACAAAAGCUGUCUUUCUCCUUUUGGGGGGGCCUUUCUUUCAUUUCAAACCCAACUCACAUUUAAAGACCACAAGAAGAGCAGAAGGGCUGAAAAGAUAAACAGGGACAACAACAACCAAAAAUCUGGUUUCCCUUUUAAAACGAGUUGCUGCAGAGUCAAACGUGACAUUGGGAAGACAAGUUCAUGAAUUCCACCCCAGCUCUCCAGUCCUCCUUGGUUUAAAGCUGUGGGAUUUUGCUUUGGACUUUUGAAAUUGCAGUGUCAGCUGCUGUGCAGGCGUAAAGGCAGAGCAUUCAAUAUUUAGCUGGCCCAAAAGAAAGGAGACAACCAUGUUAACGUGUUUAUUUGUGUUUCAGUCAAUGACGAAUGGUUACGCAGCUCGCUAGGGAGUGAUCUUAUCUCGCUGAAUAACCGCUGCCUUUAUUAAGGCAAGGCCUUUAAAACAAAAGGAAAUAGUCUUUUCUUUUUUUCCUUUCCUCUCCUUUCCGUUCCUUCCAGUUUUGCUUUUGUUCGACGUCUGGUAUAAUGUCAGGUGUAGCUCCAUUCAAGAUCCAAGAAAGAAAACCUUAGACUCUUAUUUAUUUUUAUUUUGAGAAAAGGACUUUUACUGAAUCUGAAGGAGUAGUGUCCGAAGAAAUACAAGGUCUGAGGCAAAUAGGCGCGAAAAUCACAUAUAGAAAUUUAUUCCCAUGUGCCCACCCCCAAUCGUUCA